AUGACAAAAUCUCUUCCAACAAAUAGUGUUGAUGAAAUAUUUAAAUCCCUCAGCCACGAUCAAACUUGCAAAUCACUCCCAAUAUCUGAUCAUGUUAUGGAUACUAUACUUUAUAGAUACAGAGAUGAUUGGAAGUCUGCAUUAGGCAUUUUUAAAUUGGUGAGGUCUCUUCCACAUUACAAACCUUCCCAGAAACUGCAUGAUAUUAUGAUUGAUAUAUUAGGUAAAGCAAAAUCAUUCGAUAGUAUGAAGGAACUAUUAGAGGAAAUGCGUCAAGACAACAAUGUCACCCUACACACGAUAGCUAAGGUUAUGAGAAGGUUGUCCGGUGCAGGAAAGUGGGAAGAUGCAGUCAAGGUGUUUGACGAAUUGACAACUUUCGGAUUGGAAAAGAAUACAGAAUCCAUGAAUCUAUUGCUGGAUUUAAAUAUUUCAAUGAUUAUGAUCUUUUGCCAUAAUAAACUCGAAGAGAAGGCUCUGGAAGUCCUCGGGGAAUUGGAGGAUUCGGCUUCAUGUAGACCGGAUGCUCAGUCGUUCUAUCCAUUCAUAAAAUUGUGCCUUAGAAAUAGGAAGUUGGAUUUGUUGAGGAUUUUGUUGGAUAAGAUGGUUAACAAGCAUCUUAUCAGGUUUAACCUAGCGACGUAUAAGCUUCUGAUACACGGGCUUUGUAGGGCGGAUGAGUGUGAAUGGGCUUAUCAACUGUUUGAGGAGAUGAUUAGCAAAGACAUAAUGCCUUCACAACUUACUUUCCAAUUGCUUUUGGAUGAUGCAGCUGAGAGGAUAGAAGUCUUCAUGAAGCAAAAGUGA